AUGGCCAUAACUGCCAGUCGAAGGUUCAUGAACACGCUCAAAACAAUACUAUUCGUUUUAAGGAAAGGAAUAUCAAAGGCAAAGGUUAUUGGCCGUCGUGACCUACACAUAUUGAAAAAACGUGGCAAACUCAUACAAAGUUUUCUCUCGCUCCAUAACCAUAUUCAUCAUCAUAACAUCCAAACGCCAAAAAUCGACGAAUUCAUCAAGAGGAAGCAAACCGCCUCUCAACGAGGCUUCUUUACAUGUGUCCACUCACCCGAUACUCAUGAAGACGACUCUAUAAUUGCCGAAGAAGCUGUUAGAAAGGCAAUAAUGGAAAUGGAGUCAUCUGUAGAAUCUUCACCCGAUUACUUUUGGAGCCCUAUGGUUACGAGUGAUUCACCUAUGUUACCAGAGUUAGGGUUUGGCAUGACGCGGAUGGUGAAGCAGCUGAGAAUAACUGAUUCCCCGUACCCAAUGAAUAUGGAUGUGGGCGAUCACAACCAUGUGAAUGAGGCGGCGGAAAAGUUCAUUGCAAAGUUUUACGAAACGCUGCGAAAACAGGGUUGA